GCUGGUCCCUUGCUUCUCUUCUGUCUUUUGUCCGAAACAUCCAGUGGGCGACUGUCUCCUCUCUCUCUCUCUCUCGGAGAGCGCAGGUGAAGUACCCAGGAGAACCUUCAGAUCUGAUCAGAAGUUCACAAAACGCCGGCGUUCCGGCGCCGCAGCAUUGUAGCAACUCAGCUAUCUGAUGUAUUCAAGUUCACCAUAAGAUAAGCGACAACAACUGCAUAUGCUGCAUCAAUCUACUGAAGGGCACCGACUUUAAGGUUGUCUUGAGCUACAAAUGGCCGUCACAGGAACCAAGAAUCCAUUAUUAGGUGAAACCACAUGUGGUUCUUUGCUGCAGCAGUUGCAGGUAAUAUGGGAUGAGGUUGGUGAGAGCGACGAGGAACGUGACAAAAUGCUGCUUCAGCUAGAACAAGAGUGCCUGGAUGUUUACAAGAGGAAAGUUGAUCAGGCAUCAAGAUCACGAGCACUCCUUCUCCAGGCCUUGGCUGAUUCUAGGGUGGAGCUUGCUAGACUUCUUUCUGUGCUUGGAGAAAAGUCUUUUGUUGGCAUCCCUGAUAAAUCAUCUGGCACAAUCAAGGAGCAACUAGCAGCUAUAGCACCAGCACUGGAACAACUACGCCAGCAGAAAGAGGACAGAAUAAAGGAGUUUGCUGACGUGCUUUCACAAAUUCAGAAAAUGCAGGGAGAAAUUGCUGGAACUUUAAAAAUUGGUGAGCAGAAGGGGACACCGGCAGUUGAUGAGGAGGAUUUGUCACUAAAGAAGUUGGAUGAGUACCACUGUCAACUCCAAGAACUCCAGAAAGAAAAGAGUGAUAGGCUGCAUAAUGUUCUUGACUUUGUCAGCACAGUGCAUGAUCUUUGUGCUGUCCUUGGGAUGGAUUUCUUCAGUACCAUAACUGAGGUUCAUCCUAGCUUAAAUGAUUCUGUUGGCGUGCAGUCCAAAAGCAUUAGCAAUGAUACCUUAUUGAAGCUUUCUAAGAUGGUCAUAGCACUUGAAGAAGAUAAAAGAAUGAGACUGCAAAAGCUUCAAGAGCUAGCAGCUCAGUUGACUGAGCUUUGGAAUCUAAUGGAUACCCCUACGGAGGAGCGGAGUUUGUUCAAUCAUGUUACUUGCAAUAUCUCUGCAACAGUGGAUGAGGUCAUGGUUCCUGGAGCCCUUGCCCUUGAUCUGAUUGAGCAGGCUGAGGUUGAAGUUGAAAGGUUAGAUCAACUAAAGGCCAGCAAGAUGAAGGAAAUAGCUUUGAAGAAACAGACUGAGCUUGAAGACAUAUAUGUUCGUGCUCACGUUGAGAUAGAUUCCGCAGCUGCUCGAGAGAAGAUAAUGUCUCUAAUUGACUCUGGGAAUGUCGAACCUUCAGAAUUACUAACAGACAUGGAUAAUCAGAUAUUAAAAGCCAAAGAAGAGGCCCUUUGCAGAAAAGAAAUUUUGGAGAAGAUUGAGAAAUGGAUGUCAGCAUGUGAAGAGGAGAGCUGGCUUGAAGACUAUAAUCGGGAUGAAAACAGAUAUAAUGCAAGCAGAGGUGCACACUUAAACCUCAAGCGUGCGGAGAAAGCUCGUAUAUUGGUAAACAAAAUUCCAGCUCUUGUUGACACACUGGUGGCCAAGACUCGGGCAUGGGAGGAGGAUCGUGGCAUGUCAUUCACGUACGACGGCGUUCCUCUUCUUGCAAUGCUGGAUGAAUAUACCAUGCUAAGGCAGGACAGAGAGGAAGAGAAACGAAGACUAAGGGACCAGAAGCGGUUCCACGAGCAGCUGAACACCGAACAAGAGGCUUUGUUCGGCUCCAGGCCAAGCCCAGCUAGACCACUUGGCCCAAAGAAGGUGGUGGGCCCUCGUGCCAACACAGGAGCAUCAAAUGGAACCCCCAGCAGAAGGCUUUCUCUUAACACCCAUCACGGUAGCAGCAAUGGUGUUCGAUCUGUGAGCAGGGAUGGGAAGAGAGAAGUUGGUCGCCCUGCCGCUCCGGUAAACUAUGUAGCCAUCGCAAAAGAGGAUGCAGCCUCUCCCGUGCCCGGUAGCUACCAGGCUCCUGCUUCUCCGUGACAUCGAUGUGGGUAAGUUAUUUAUGCUAUUUUAAUUGUUGCAGUCUGUGUUAGGCUUGAUGUGAUAAAUACUAUGGUCGACUUGUUCCUCGAAGUUCUAUUCUUGAUAAAUUAAUAUUUAACGGAGGAGCGUUUAUGUGAUAAAGACUGCUCUUGUAAUGUUGUCUUUGGUUGUAGAUAUUUGUUAAGGCCAAAGACGGUCGUUCUGUCCUUCACUUUGACCUGAGAGACUAUUAAACAGACGUUUUGUUACUUCAUUAUUGCACAACUCUUUGGCAGACU